AUGACAGUCCAGGUCGCCAUGCCAUCGCCAUACUCUGACAUUGUUGAGCAGAAUCAUCGUGUUGGGAGCGGAAGUGCGUCUUUUGUCUACACCGUCAGUCGCGCUAUUGUGGUGAAGGCUGUCCGGUCCGAAGUCGUGGUGAUUGAUGCCUCGAUAUUGUCGAAUGUUUACUUGCGCUCCUUGACCAUCUUCUCCUGUCAUAUUGCGACUGUAAUGACCUCUACUAUCGAUAUCCUCGAAAUCAAACCCAAGAAGAACUUCUAA